UAUUGGAACGGAUUUGACAAUUUAGAAGCCGCGUCGUCUGCCCUGCCAGACGAGUGCUCGACGGCGUAUAGAGAACGUUAAUUGCCGACUGGCCUUCAUAUUUCACCAAAUUACUCGUCAUUUACAUAAUGGCAGACUUAAAGAUCGAUACAGGAAAUCCGAUGCUCGACGAGAAAAUCACCGAGUGGUUGAAAUGGGAUAAGAAUGAGCGGACGCGAGCCGAGGUGGAGCAGCUGGUGCGGAGGGGCGACGUGGACCAGCUGGAGAAGACCAUGGUGCACCGCAUGGUGUUCGGGACGGCGGGUUUGCGGGGUCGCAUGGGCGCUGGCUACGCCCUCAUGAACGACCUCGUCAUCAUCCAGACGUCGCAGGUACGGGAUUCUUAA